UGUUGUUUCCUACUUUAGCUUCUGGCUGGCGUCUUGGUUUUGUCCUGGUACCUCUUCCUGCUCCCUGAUAAAUCAGUUUUCUUUUCUCAUUCCAUGCUGGUGAUGCUCAUAUGCGUUGUAGUGACCUACCUGGAAAUGAAUAUCAUUCUUUGGAUGGAAGUUGCAUCAUAUUACGCUACUCUUCUGGUUCUGGCUGGCGUCUUGGUUUUGUCCUGGUACCUCUUCCUGCUCCCUGAUAAAUCAGUUUUCUUUUCUAUGGGUUUGAUAAUCACAACUUUUGCUGUAGGAUCUUUACUCAUCAUCUUCGCAAGCAAAUCUCAUUCCAUGCUGGUGAUGCUCAUAUGGGCAGCUUUAGUUACCUACCUGGAAAUGAAUAUCAUUCUUUGGAUGGAAGUUGCAUCAUAUCACGCUACUAUUCUUCUUACAUUUCUAUCCAGUGGAAUAGCCGUGUUGAUUAUUGCCAAAAGAUUCAACUCCAGUGCACGUGUCUCUCAUGAAGUCAUCUAUCCUGACACGAGUCCGAGGUCUAGCAAAAAAGCAACAAUUGGAAUAUUUUCCAGAUCCAGCCCUGAGGAAUACAACUGGCUUAUAAGUUACCUGAUAGAGUCCACAGGUCACACUGUCUUACCUUUUGUCAUCACCAAUACUAACAGCUUUAAAUUCAGAGAAGAGGUGUGUCGAUGCAAUUAUGCCAUAUUGUAUCACUCCAUGAGUAGAGGAAGGAUCAAUAUCACUGAUGUGACGGAUUCUUUGUAUGAUGACGAGCUGGAAUAUCAAUCAUCUGAACUAGGCAUAGACAAGGUUGCAGUAGUUGUUGAUGAUCUAGUUGACAGGAGCUCCACUGCUCGAAACAGAAUCCUAAACAGUCAGCCUAAAAUAGCAAAUCUGGCCUGGAAUAUCUUCCUUAUAGACAAAGAAACAAAGCAGAAUAACAGUAUUAUGAGGAACUUGAUGAAUCCCAUCAAAGAAAAGUUCACGACAGAGGGCAGUGGCCACUCCCUGGGAAGUGCUAUUGUUCCAUUGUGCUUCCUUGUUUUAUGGUUUGCUGCCAUUAUCUUUGUCAGAAGUCCUGAUGAUUUUUAUAAUAUCAUUCUUAUAGUGAUAACCAACUUGAAGGUGUCCUUUAUGAUUUACAGAGCUGCAUUUUCAGGCAGUGAUAGCCUUGCUUGCCCACUCCUGCCAUUAGUAUUUACAGUACUUCUGGUUGAAUGCAUUGUUAUGAUUUGGGGAGUUUGGUCAGUACAGAAGGUUCUCUACACAGUGAUUGCUCUUGGGAUGGAUCUUUUGGUCAUUAUGUUAUUUAAUAAGGGGCCCCAGAUUUUCAGUGGUCAUCCAAGAAAAUGCCUAUGAUACUUGGAAACUGAUCUUCAUGCAACUAAGGCUUAUAGAGUCCUGUGCUGGAAUUAGGUUGCACAUAAAACAUCUCCAACCUCCUGUACCCUGGUAUAUAACUCUUCAGUUGCACUCUGGAUAUGGUACAGAUACCCACCUUACCUACAUUCCUUAUCUACCAGCCCCAGAUUCCACCAGCUGCUCCCAGUAUAUUACAGACAAAUUACAUCCACACAGGAAUGGGCAG